UUCUUGUUUCCUUUGCAAACACGCUUGGAACCGCGCAUCAACAAGCCUAAAAGUGGAAUCCAGGAUUGUUUCCGAGUCUUAAACGUGUUCCGUGGUGAAACGUAUUUCCUGCAAGACCCGAAAACUACCUCUAGGAGUAGUUGCUUGGGUAUCAACGGCCAUUCCCAACCGGCUUCAAGGAUUUGGCUGGGGUGAAGCAAGCUUUCGGCGCCAGCGUAUAUUCAUCGGCAUCGAACGUGUUGUAGUUUGUGAAUAUGGCUACUAUGGCGGUUACUAUUGAGCCAUACCGUAAAGGUUGUUCGUUUUCAGACUGGCUGGAACGCCUGGAAUAUUCUUUUGUCAUUAAUGCGAUUACUGAUCAGAACAAAAAGGCUUAUUUGAUUCCUUUAAGUGGACCGAUAAUUUUUUCGGAGCUUCGUUUACUUUACCCAAGAGAAAGCCUGUCUGAAGUUACUUAUCCAGACAUGGUAGCUAAGCUGAAAGCACGUCUGGAUAAAACCGAAUCCGAUUUGGUCCAGCGUAUGAAAUUCAAUUCUAGAGUCCAGCAACAGGACGAAACGGCUGAAGAUUUCGUGCUCUCGUUAAAGCUUCAGGCCGAAUUUUGCUCUUUUGGCGAAUUCAAGCAGGUGGCUAUUAGGGAUCGAGUUUUAGCAGGGCUAACCGACGGCGCAUUAAUACAACGUCUUCUAAACGAAGAAAACUUAACAUUACAAAGCGCCGAGAAACUCAUUGCCACUUGGGAGAUUGCGGGAGCAAAUGCCAGGACGAUUGGUUCCGGUGGUGCGUCAGCUCUGGUAGCGUCCCUUCGCAACCGCAAUCCAAAUCCAGCUGGUAGAAGUUUCAAUAAAUUGGCUAGGGUGUUUGACUUAGCAAAAAAUAGUCCACGCCAUAUUGAGGAUGAGGAAGGAGAACGCAGACCGGUCAAGACUAGAUUAGGUUACAAACAGCCAUAUCGCGGACAAUUUGACUACAAAUACCGGAAUAGAGCCCAAAUGGACAACCGUCACUCCAAGGACUGGCGUCGCGACGACGGAAGACAACCCUCGAGCAGGGAAUGA